AUGUUAACACCAUUACGUCGGUCAACGGCAUUGUACACUAGAGACAUACGAAGGUUUCUGGUAUCAUGUAUUGCAUCUUUUGGUUCUAACUCGUUGGGAGAUAACUCCGGUCUUCCUAGAAUAACACCUUCGGUAGACAUCAACCCAGUGAUCCCCCCUCUUAAAUACGAUGCCACUCGUUUCAGAAACUGGUUAUCUAUCACUCCUAAUAGUGAUCCCAUAAACAAUAUUUCGGUGUUUUCUUACAAUUUGCUUUCACGACACUACGUGUGGAGACAAGUAUUUGGGUAUUUAGAUCAACUGUACCUUGACUGGACCAAUUAUCGGUUUCCACUUCUUAAUAACACCAUAAGACAACUUCAAAGUGAUAUCAUGUGCUUUCAAGAAAUGGAAUGUUUUAUGUAUGAGCAUUUUUGGUCGACAAACUUCCCAGGGCCUAAUUAUAAGUCUUUUUUCAUACGUAAACCGAAUCCAAAGUAUUGGGGGAAUAAACCAAGUGAGUUUAUGGACGGAGUUGGCAUUUUCAUUAAUACUGAUAGAUUUGAAAUUCUUGAUCAGCUGGAAGUAAUAUUUUCCGAAUUCAUUAAAGAUAAUAGAAAACAAUUUGAUUGGACAGAUGAUCUUAUGUCUCGGGUUAUACCUAGAAACACCGUGGCAUUACUUGUUAAAUUACACGAUAAAAUAAGUGACAAAAUUGUAUUUGUUACAAAUACUCAUUUGUAUUGGUCACCUAAAUUUAAUGAUGUUAAGGUUAUUCAAACAAAAUUACUUUUAUCAAUCUUGAAUGAAUUUAUUGCCAAUAGUAAAGGUCAAAACGUUGAUGAUCCCUGUGUGAUCUUAUGUGGGGAUUUUAAUUCAACACCAACAUCAAAAGUAUUUGAACUUUUGAGUAAUGAAAACCUCCAUGUUGAUAAAUGUGACGAACUUGGACCUUUCGAUUAUGGGAAGGAUAAUUAUUUGGUUUCAGAAAAUGGUUAUAUUAAAAACCCAUUCCGUCUUCAAUGCGUGUACCAACAUCUGUUAAACGAUAAUUCGCUUCAGUUUACAAGUUAUACAAAAGCCCUCACAGAAGUAUUAGAUCAUAUAUGGAUAAACAAUGAUCAUUUCAAUAUUGUUGAUGUGUUAGGACCCGUGGAAAAGAAUUAUUCCGAUAAAGUUAAUGGGUUUCCUAAUAACCAAUUCCCUUCAGAUCAUAUACCUUUAGUAUCAACACUAUGCUACAUUUAA